AUGGAGCGUCAGGUUGGCCCCAAAGUCUCGCCCGAUGGACCAGCUGAGGCCUUGCCCCGCGACCCGCUGCACGGUCGGUACACCGCACUGGUUCCCCUCCAACCAUCACACGCGAAGGCUCUGUUCAAACAUGUUGGCGGCGAGGAGAAUGCCCAUUUGUGGACGUAUCUGUUCCCAGACCCGUAUCUCGAGUAUGCGGAGUUCGAGGCCGAUGUCAAAAAAUGGUCAGCGUCCAAAGACCCUUUGUACUUUACCGUGUUGUCGGGCCCGGCAUCAGAUCCGUCAUCGGAGCCGGUUGGAUUCAUGACGUACAUGUCAAUCGUUCCGGCACACAGGCGUAUCGAGAUCGGAUCGAUUUGCUUUAGCCAAAAGCUACAGCGAACUCGGCAAGCAACAGAGACCUUCUAUCUCCUGAUGAAGGAGGCUUUUGACGAGUUGAAAUUCGAGCGACUGGAAUGGAAGGCAAACCAUCUCAACAAGCCGAGUCUUGCGGCUGCAGACCGGCUCGGGUUUGUAUUUGAGGGUAUUUUCAGAAAACACAUGGUCAUCAAGGGAAGGCGCAGAGACACAGCCUGGUUUAGCAUCACAGACGAUGAAUGGCCCGUCGUCAAGGGUGGACUGGAGUCUUGGUUGAGCAAGGACAACUUCGACGAGCAGGGCAACCAACGGAAGACUUUGAAGCAAUGCAGGGAUGUUUUCCAAAAGUGA